AUGUCGUCUUCUCAAUUCAGGCAGGCUGGCACUUCAGAGCUGAGGCAUGAUGGCUCGUUCCAAAGCUCAGUGCCACGGUGUGAAACCCGACGAAUUCCUCGAAAAGCCGUAGGUCACGAUGCUGCUCGACAAAGUUCGAUGGCGCCGGCCCUGACAAGAAAUACCAAUGACCUGAGUCCUACUUCCACUAAAUCGGUGACACAUUCAUUAAGACAAGGAGCUUCUCGGGUACCAGAGUCGUAUGGUAAAGUCAAGGAUGCUAAGCAAAAGGAAAGCUCGAACAAGUCCAUUUUUUCGGAGUUGUACAGCCGGAGGAACAAGAAGAAGACUAGGACUGACAAGCUGGUGAUCUCGGCACCCAUUCAGAUAACACCACCACUCGUCACAUCCGACCUUUGUGCUCCCGCUGGUCCAACGCAGAAGCGAACAGGCCGUCCAGCUGAUACAACAUCUGAUUCCAACGUUAAGUUGGGCCAGGCGCGGGUAGCAUCAACGAACAAGACCUUUCCGAAGAUAUCUUCCGAUGCUAGUAGAUCUAUGGAUACCAGGAAUCAUAAGCCUGGUCAACCUCAGAUCUCGUAUCGCCCAGAAAUCAACGAAUGGAAGUCGUCGAAUCCGGUGGAGCUGCCUUCGUCUAUUCGGAGCGAGCAGAUGUCAGAGAGACAUAUAUAUCCAUGCCUGGCGAAGCCUCAUCCGAGUGUCUCCAGUUGUUCAUGGUCGGCCGUCAAUGGCGACGACCAGAUAGAUCUUGGUUCGAUGUCUGACUUUGGAAGGGCAUCGACCGAGGUCUUCGUCAAUGGCGAGUCGACCAACAGUGGCCACACACCGUGUGAUAGUGCUGGAUACACGCCGGUUCCCGACCUUUGUUUCGAAAAGGCUCGCUCGCAAGUUGACGAAAGACAGGUCCGACGCCAGGGGAGAAUCUUCUCUCCAGCGGACAUGGAUCAAUUACCUAACCAGUCCUAUUUCACCGGUGGAGAAAGCCAGGAUGAAAAUGAUCUUCUAAGCAGAAAGUCUAAGGCCACACAACCUCACCCGCCGCAGAUCGUCAUUCAGGUUACACCACCCUCUCCACGGCCACGACAGCGAAAGUCAAGCCUGGUGUCCAACACCUAUUUGACACCGGAGAGGGCCUACCGAAAUCUGGCUGAGAAAUACCGUAGAGAAGCCAACAAUACUCAAAAGGAGCUCCAGCAAGUGCUCGUGCUAUGCGAGCCGCUCAUGAAAUCUUUUGAGCUGAUCAAAAGGCAUCCAGAAUUCGCCCAUCUAGACUCAUGGGAGGGCGCAUACGACGUACUCGAGAUGAUCCUUGCAGAGAGAAAAUACGUUUUCUCUAUGCGUGAGCAAGUCCGGGCUGCCGUUGGAGAUUUUCGGGGCACUUACGAGAAGGAAAAGCUUGACCGAAUCCAAAGAGCUGGGGCCAAGGAUCGGGCCGCGGGGAUUUAG